AUCGUGCUCGUGCCAAGAGACGCAGAAAGGAAUGCGUAGCUGUUAGUCGGGCCGCAGUCCGCGUCGACGGUGGUUGAAAUUUUUGUAUUCAUCUCGAGAAAACCGCGAUUGCAGCGACUUUUGUUUAUACGCGCUUUGCCGGACGAUGAAAGACGACCCGAUGGACGAAAAUCAAGAAACGGAUGUCUCCGCGCUGUACAUCGACGUGCCAAAGGUGAAAUCGUUGAAUGGAGACACGCGAAAAUCCGAAUAUAACAAUGCACGCGAUGCCGAUUCAAGUGGUUGGACUCCGUUGCUGGUUCUGGGUGGUGUCACUUGCUGUCUGGGGUCAGCAUUACCAGCAGGAUUUAACAUAGGUGUUAUGAACAAUCCUGCUCAUCUUAUGAAAUCCUUCUGCAAUGAUAGCAUGAGGGAAAAAUAUAACGCACAAUUGUCCAACCAUGAGCUGGAGAUACUCUGGUCCACCAUAGUAUCCAUCUUUCUAAUCGGUGGUGUAUCUGGAUCUUUGAUCGCUGGCUGGCUAAGUGAUCGAUUCGGACGGAAAGGUGCGCUGAGUGUGGGCAAUAUCUGCGGAAUUGUAGGAGCUAUUCUGUUUUUGCUUGUACGACACUUGAACUCGGUCGAGUUUUUCCUGAUCGCUCGAGUGAUGGUCGGACUUUCCGGCGGUUUAGCCACUGCCUUGCUUCCAAUGUACAUGACGGAAAUAGCGCCUAUAAAAUUACGAGGUGCUGUUGGAGUUUUAUGCCAAUUAGGUAUAACUUGCGGCGUGCUGUUGGGUCAAAUCGCCGGAUUGAAAACUGUCCUAGGUACUCCUGAAUCGUGGCAUAUCAUGUUAGCGUCCUUCUUACCGUUGUGUGUCGCUGCGCUGUUUGUGACCAUCGCCUUGCCAGAAAGUCCAAAGUAUUUAUAUAUAAUAAAGGGAGAACAGACAAAGGCUCUCAAAGAACUCAGUCGUCUGCGCAAUAUGGAUAUAAUGCUCUUGCAAAACGAGGUCACCAGUUUGCGACAAGAAUUGGCGAUGAGAUCGAUGACUGACAGAUGGAAUAUUCAACGUGUACUCAAAGAACCGUCCGUGAGACUGCCGUUGUUCCUAGUGUGCCUAAUGCAAGCCGGCCAACAACUCUCCGGUAUUAACGCAGUUUUUUAUUACUCUAAUUCGAUAUUUCUCGGAGCUGGAUUGGGAAUUACCGGAGCUGAGUACGCGACUCUGGGUACAGGCGUCGCCAAUAUUCUCAUGGCAAUUAUCUCUGUGCCGAUAAUGUCGUUCUUUAGUAGAAGGAAAGUUCUGUUUCUGAGCGGUUACUUAUGUGUAGGAUGCCUUACAGCUCUGUGUAUCUUUAUUCUACUAAUCGAAACAGCUUCCUUCAUGGCAGUACUUUGUACCAUCUCAGUACUCGCGUACGUUAUAUUCUACGGUAUCGGUCUCGGUCCGAUACCGUUCUUCAUCGGCUCCGAAUUAUUCGACGUCGGUCCUAGACCUGCCGCUAUGUCGUUAGGUAGCGUGUUUAAUUGGGGAGGCAACUUUGUCGUCGGAAUGUUAUUUCCCUCGUUACAAGCCGCGAUCGGCCCGUGCGUUUUCCUAAUCUUCGCCGGAAUCACACUGAUCAUGGUGCAAGUCAAUCGAGUCUACUUGCCCGAAACACGAGGACGAAGUACGACAGAAAUAGCGGCAGCCAUGACUCGAGGUUUUAAAUCGAGACCGAAUGCAACAUUGACCUCGUAGAUCUCUAACGUUUGACUACGUAACUUGAUUAGUAUUUUUUAUAAAGAAUAGGUAUUUUUUAUACAGCUUUUUAAUAGAAUCAACGAAAUCAUUAUCACGAUCUGAAUAAUAAUUCGCGCAUUAUUCUCAUUCAAUCAUACAAUAUGUAAAUAAUGCGACACUAUGUAUAAUUUAUUUGAGCACGAGCCAAGGAUAGGUGCUCUGAAGAUAAAUUUUAUACGACUAUUUAUAUAUAUUCUCUAUUUCGCGAAUAUUGAAAAUUAUAGUGUGUAGAAACUUACACAUCGAUGAUUAGAAUACGCGAUUUUUACAUGUUUAUACACCAUAACGUUAUACGCAUACUUAAAAAUUUUAUAUCACAAUCACAAUAUUAAAAAAGAAUCACUGCCGAUAUAUGAUAUCGAUUUAUUGUAAACAGAUGCGCAAUAUUUAACAUUCAGUGAAAAAAUUUUAUUUACAAAGUUCUUACUUCUGCGAUAUCUAGAGUAAAUAUAUAGGUAUAUACAAAUUUCACAAUACAUUUUAUGUAUUCAUGGUCUAAGUUUGCCAUACAAUUGCUCUAAUUUCUCGUAAAACACCAAGCAUAGAACUGUAUGCGGCGCUAUUCUUAUCCACGUUGGAAACGUUCCCUUAUACAGGCCGGUCAAACCUUCCGUGCGAAAUAUCUUGAUGAGCGCAUCUCCGAGCCCUUUAUACAAGGCACCCUUCCCGGUUGCGUCUGUCUCUGUAUUUGCAAAACACGUUUUAAACAAUUUACGAUUUUUAAAAUAUAAUGUAUCAAAUGUUCUUUAUGAUACUAUUCAAAAACUA